AUGGCUGUGCUUAUUCGUAGUGCGUUUGUGAGUGAGUGUGUGUGUGUGUGUGUAAAGUGAAACGAAAGUGGCUCGGAAAAAGUGAAACGCCCACAAGCAAAUAAAGCCAAGAAUCUAGCCAAACCACAUAUAAAAAUAGUUACACACAAUACAAACAACAACAGGCAUCUGAACAAAUUUCACCCAAGAACAGGCUGCCAAGCCUUCCAAUUUCAGGAGUGCUUGCCUCGUAUGCCACUGCUGCCCAGUUGUGGAUUAUAUAUGGCAACAUCUGCUGUUUCUGACUUGACUUAAUGGCCUCACGGCGACAGCUUCCAUGUGAAUUGGCCACUGGCCACCGCUGACGGCGAAAGAAGCCGCUUUACGCAUAAUCAUAGUAAUGCAGUUGUCAGCGGACGUCAUGGCGAGCUCAUCUGGUUUGAAUUUGGAUGCGGCUGCAACAGCAGCAGCAGCUGCAGCAGCAACAACAACAACAACAAGUCGCUGCGAUCUCAAUGGGAAUGCAAAUGGAACAGCAACAGCAACAACAACAACAACAAUAGCAACACCAAAGUCGUCGCCGCGUAAAGAAAAGACAAUACUCGGUUGGCUGGUGAAAAGUGCAAGUGUGAACGAUAAGUCGAACGAUAAUAACGAUAGCAAACAAAACGUUAACGAUAACACUAACGCCAACGAUAACGAUAACAACAACAAUAACGGCUGCAAUUGUGAAACGCGCGCAUUUCGCGAUUUUCGCGGCGUUCAAACAUUACGUCUGCUGUGGAGCAAACGCAUCAGCAGCGCCAGCGAGGAGGCAGCAGCUUAUCAGCGACAACAACAACAACAGUCGACGUCACAUUCGGGGCUGGGCACACUGCGCAAGUGGAAUAAAUCGGUUAGCUGUUUGGUGAACGCGUUUAAUAACGCCCGCGAUUGGCCCAGCCUGACAAACGCGCACGAAACGCGUGCAAAACGCGCGGCCAGCUUACACAAUCUGCAGGAGACGCAGCUGCAGCAACUGCAACGCGACAAGGAUAAUUUCUACAAAUAUAAAAACGCCGAACAGGCUAAAAUGCAAAAUCAACUGCGACGAGACAGCGACGCAACUGCGACGCAGACAACAGCCACUGCGACGGCGACGGCGACGUUUCCCGCUGUUAAAGCGGGCGGCGCAGCUGGCGAACGUUUGCAGUGGCCAAAACGCGAGGACGUCAUGCCCAAAAGAGAGCAGCACAAUUCGCUAUCAGCAGAGCAAGCGACUGAGCAGUCGAAUCUUAUCAGUGAGCAGGCAACACCAGCAGCAGUCGCAGCAGCAGCAGCAGCUGAGUCGAUGCCAGCGAUUCGGGUUAGUCACGAAGCAACUGGCGGCAGCAGCGAAUCGCUACCAGAGUUAAAAGCGACUACAGCGACGACGGUGACGUCACGCGUCACACGACGCAAAUACAGCUUCAAAACACAUGCAGGCAAAUCAUACAAUCAGCAUCAUACGCCACGUCGCAUGUCCACCCACACACCCACACACCAACACACUCACACUCUCAAUGUGGGCGUGGCACAACAGGCACACGAUGCCAGCGCCGGCAUCAGCGCAGCCUCAGCUGCUGCUUCGAGCAGUGGAAGUUUGGUGCGUCAGCUGACGCAGCAGUUCAACGAGAUCAUCCAGAAGGAUACACGUCUGCUGGAUCAGGUGAAGCGCAAGAAUGGCGUUUGGCUGUCGCGUGGCUCGCAUGUCUACAAGAUCGUCGAGAAGCCAACAGCCGCCGACCAGCAGCAGGAGAAGCGGGCAGAACGCUCAGAGAAAUCCACCCCAUCACCAUCGUCCUCGGAGUCAUCCCGACUCAGCUCGAUGGUGCAGCGGAAUAUUAAGAAGUUCGAAAAGUGGGAUAAGCCAGCAGUGGUGCCUACACUGAAGCCACAGCAGCAGGUGCAACUCCGACCCAGCACGCUCAGUCUCAGCAAGCAAAUGCGCAAUAAGCGCGCCCGAAUCCAACAAGUCCUGGCCGAGGAGCAACUGAAGUUGGAUGUGGUGCGCGAGGAGGCCAAAACGCCCGUAGAUGUGAAUAGUAAUGCUAGCAACCCAAAGCCACAAGCUGAAUCACAGCUAACUCAGCCGGCGAAAGACCACAGCUGCGAUGAGCGGGACGCGGGGGAUGAGAGGGAUGAGCGGGAUGUCGAGGCUGUAGCAGCGGAGCGACAGAAGAAGCGCAAGCACAAAUAUUCAGCUAUCUAUGAGAAGCUGCGAUUGCUGCCCUUUAGCAAAAGCAACAAGAAAACAGCAACAGCAGCAGCAACAGCAACGAUGGCAACGUUGCAACCGGAGCAAAAGCUGGAACCGGAUCUGUCGCCCUGCAUUGAAGCGGAUGCCAAAAUCUUAGACGCCUUGGAGGAGCUCGAUCUGAAGUUGAAGGUGCUUGGCGGGCCAGCGAGAACACCGGACGGAGAGCUGCUGCUGGCGGCCAAUGAUGACUUUGAGCAGCGAAUUCUGCCCAAUAGCUCCUUCAUCUAUCAGGCCAAGCAGAUAUCCAACAAUCAGCCGCUGCUCUAUCAAGCUGUCAACUUGGGCCUAGUGAAUGCCAUCGAGAGCGAGCUGAUGAUUAUGGAGCUAAAGCAACUGCAGAAUGACCGCAAGCAGCAGCCAGAUGAGGAGGAGGAGGAGGAGGAGCCCAUCUAUGAGCCCAUAACGCCCACAAUGGAGAACAAGACUGAGUCGCAGCCAUUAACAAGCCAAGAGGAGGAGCUGUCACAAAUACCCACAGAGGACAUCUACCAAACAGUGGAGGAAGCAAAAACAACAACAACUGCUCCAACUGCAUCCACAACUAGUGUCAAUUGGCUGGAGGGCUAUGAGUCCAUUGCCGGCUCCAACAGCAGCAACAGCAACAACGAUGACUAUGAAGCCUUUGCCACGCCCACAACACCAACAUCAACAACAACGCCAACAACAACAGUGGGCACUUUAGGUCGUAAUACACGCGACGAGCUGCCGGAGUUGCCCAAACCAAAGCGGGUGCUGCCAAAAUCUCCACAAAUAUUGCGCCCAGCGCCCGCGAAACCCAAGCAACCCAGUCGCAUUUCCAAAACGAGAACUGUGCAGAACUCCACGGAUGAGGAUGAUGAGAAUAUCUAUGAUACCAUCACUGGCUGCUACGAAUCCAUGUCGACCAAGUGCAUUCAGCCCAACACGGAUAGCAUCUCGUUGAGCUCCAAUUGCUACGAGAGUAUCUCCAACUAUCGCAAGAGCAGAAACUCAAGAACAACGACAAGAACAACUGCAUCAGCAACAGCAACAAUAACAACUAGAACAGAAACAGAAACAGUGGCAAGGUCAACGGGAGUACAACUCUCGAGCAGCGGCUCUACUUUAACCAUCUCCUCGGAUCAUCGCACCAAUAGUCUCUAUGAAUCCUCGCUAGCUGCCGGCGUAAUCUAUGGCAGCAUCAACGGUGGCUGUCGCUCCUCGCUGGCCAGCAGUGGUGCAGGUAGCGCGGGCAGCAGCAGCGGGGGAAAAGCGCACAAUAAACGCUCCUCGAUAGCCGGCUCCAGUGAUAACAGCGAUGCCUGGGUGGAUAUAUCCGAUGGCGAGGCGCCCACAGUCGCGGCAGCUGCCACCAGCGAGACGCAGUUUAUUGUUGUACGGGAACGUUCUAAGCAGCACCGUGCUCGCAGUCCGGAUUGGUCGAAACGCAUCAGAGAUAAAAGACUGCAAGAAAACAAGGCGAAAAGCUGCAUUGAAGAUGACUCGGAUCAUUAUUACGAGACGCUGUGCAACAAGCGGCACUCGUCACAGCUGCUGCCUGGCCAGCAUCAGCAUCAGCAACUCAGGCGCAAUCCAGAUGGACAGGGACGAGCAUCGCACCGACGCAGCAAGCAGCACUCGGCGUCGGCACAUGUACUGGGCGAGCACCUGGGCAACAACUCGGAUGACUACGACUCCUUCGAGACGGACAGCGAUGAGCACACGGAUGAGCCGGAGCAGCGCUUGCAUCACCACAAUGACAGCGGUGUCGAUAUGCGUAAUCAUCGCCUGCCGGAUCCGCCGGCACCACAGAAUCAAGUGUAUGCCAUAGUGCGUAAAUUUAGGGAUUUCAUCUCCAAUAAAAAGUCACCGAAGAGCAGCCAGCAAAAACUCUACGAGAAUACAGCAUCGUCGCCCAAUGGCAACACACAAUUCUAUGUUGAGUGCAGGAAGCAGCAGGAGCUCUUUGGGAAUGCAGGCUCGCUGAGCAGCUCCGAGCGUAAUCUCGUGACCAGCCAGAGUCAAGUGGAGCAACAAGAUCACCAGCUGGCCACAGCUUCGACGCUGCAGCGACCCAAGCAGAAGAAUGGCAAAAGUUUGCGGUCGCGUCUCCGCAAGAGCCUUGUGGGCACAAGCUUCGAUACCAAACAGCUGUCGGCGCUGACGGCGACACGCAGCACCUUCUACAUUGAGGAUCCACCGACGCAGCAGGAGCUGGAACUGCAGCACCAGCACCACCAGCAACAGCAGCUGGAGUCGGAACAUCUUGGCUCUGGCGAACUGGACUCGGGCUUCUCGGAGAAAGCCUCCUCCGGUGACAUACCCGUGCAGACUCCCAGCGCCGAAUCGCAGAAGUUUUCCACGAUGGCACGUAAGGCCAAAAAGGAGGCGAAAGUAUUGCGUCGCCGUGCUACAAUUGGCGUGCGUCCAAUUGAUCCACCGCCACCACCACCACCGCCGGCUUCGGGCGGCGAACACCGUCAACGGCUGCACACCUCCUGGUAUGCGGAAUGUGGCGUCUUCAAGCAUUCGCAGUCAGCGCCAGGAACAACGAUGAACGAUGAGUUCGCCACGGCCACGCCAGGCGCCAAUGGUUGUAGUAGCAACUCGUGGUACACAGAAUCGGGCCUCUAUCAGACCAGCGGCAACUCGGUGGCCAGCUCGAGCGGCAGCUCCGGCGUCUCCACGGGCAACGAGGCGGGUCUCGGCGAUGAGCUGCAGCCGCACAGUCUGUUCUCCAACGAGCCUCUCUAUCAGGUCUACAGCGCCGCCAAACUGGAGUCGAUUACACGCGACCUGGAAGCGCAUGAGGGCUCAACGGAUGGCUACGAGGAGAUUGGGCAGCACACGCAGAGGCCGCCGACUCGUUCGCGUCCCACCGCCCUGCAGCUGGUGGAGCCCAAGAAUGGGCCAUCGCGCACGCUCUGGAGCCAAAUACCCGAGGUCAUCCAUUCCUGCAUACUACCAACAUUGACACCACGCGAGCGUGGCUUGCAGGAGGCCAAGUUUGAGAUUAUGACAUCGGAGGCGAGUUAUCUGAAAUCUCUGAAUCUGUUGCGCAGUCAUUUCAUGAACAACGAUUCGUUCUGUGACCCCUCGGUGCUGAGCGUCCGCGACCGGAAGGCGCUCUUCUCGUACAUUGCGCCCGUGCACGAGUGCUCGGAGCGUCUGCUAACGCAACUCGAAUGUUGCUGGCAGAAUAACAUAAUGCUGCUGGGACUGAGUCGCUGCAUCUAUGAAAUGGCCGAGAAGCACUUCAACGUUUACAUCACGUUCUGUGAACACCAGGGACGCAUGGAUCGCACGCUGCGUCGCCUCAAGGAGGCAAAGAGUGGGGCGUUCCAGCAGCAGCUGGAGAAGCUCGAAGCGAGCGCCAGCUGCUGUGGCCUCAGCCUGCACUCGUUUCUCAUGAUGCCCAUGCAGCGGAUUACGCGUCUGCCGCUGCUCAUCGAUGCGGUAUUUAGCAAGGAAUCGCCACACAAUGCCGACGAGUAUGAGAGCUGGAAACUGACGCUGUCCCUCGUCCAGAAGAUCGUCGCUCAGUGCAAUGAGGCAGCGAAUCGCUGUGAGCAGGCCUACGAACUGGAGCGCAUCUCCAGGCAGCUGGAGUUCCCCAGCCACAUACGUGCCCUGGCCAUCGAACCCGUAGGCGUGCCCAAGCAGGGCGUCAAGCCGCGUUUUCUGGUUAAGCGCGGCGAACUGACGCAUCUCAUGUGGCGCGGUGACGAUGCCAAGCUGACUUUUGGCAAACGCUUCACCAAGUCCAGCAUCUAUGUCUUCCUCUUCUCCGAUCUACUGGUGCUCUGCAAGCGCAAAGGCGACUCCAAUUUCACUGUGUUCGACUACUGUCCGAGGAGCAUGCUGACCCUGGCUGCGGGCGACACACUGCCCCAGCUACCGACCAAAGAUAUUAAGGAUUCUACUAGUAAAAAUCUCAUGCUGAUGACGCUGCUGGAAAACUACGAGCGCAAAACAAUUGAACUUGUGCUCUCCUGCCCCACAGUGUCCGAUCAGCAACGCUGGCUAGAGGCCAUGCGUCCACCGGAGGCGGAAACGCCUGGCGAGAAGCUGUACGAGUCAUGGGACUGUCCGCAGGUGAUUGCCAAGCACAGCUACGAAUCUGAUGAGCCAGAUGUGCUACAGCUGGAGCUCGGCGACGUGGUCAACGUCUCACGCAAGUUGCCAGAUGGUUGGUAUCAGGGCGAGCGCAUACGUGAUGGUGCCGCCGGCUGGUUCCCCGGAAGCUACACAGAAGAACUCAACUCGGCUCAUGUGCGCGCCCGCAACCUGAAGCAGCGGCAUCGCCUGUUAACCUUUACCGCCACCUAUCUGGAGGCGCAGAAGGGCAAAUGAGAAUACAUCCAAUUUGAGUUGAUUCUCAAUGCCAUCUCCAAUUAGGCCACUCUCAAUUGGCCGAGUAUUCAAAUAUUAUAGUCCAUCAAAAGAUAUCUUUAAAAUAGGUAUAUAUAUACAUAUAUAUACAUAUAAAUAACAAUGUGAUAAUUAAUUAUUCGUUUAAAUAGCAAACAAAAAUUGAAAAAAAUACAAUUGCUGCCCCAUAAUUUAUGUGCAUUAGUUGUAAACGAUUCAAUUGGAAUCGAAAUAUAUAUGCAUACUAGUUAUGUCAAAGUAUA